ACGAAUUUAAACGAAACACUUCGGUGAUGUCCGAUAAACUUGUAUUCGAGAUCAUUCGCCUUGCACUAAAUUUUUGUUCUCUUUUUUCUGGUGCAGUAGGGUCGGAAGCAUUAAUAUUGCUGUGCUUUAUUUCGCGCUAAAAAGUGACGUCCAAGUCGGCAGUAAUGGCUACAGAGCAAGUCACUGACAUUCCUGACGAUAUGGAAUCUGUGGAAGAUGAGGAAGAUGGGGACCAUGAGGUGGCGAAACAAAUUACUUUCCCAAAUAUGCUAACUACUUUAAAAACGCAGCGCCACACUGAGAUGUUAGCUGCACUACCUCCCGCUGUUAAAAAAAGGGUCAAAGCACUAAAAAACCUGCAGUUGGAGGUCACCAAAAUAGAGGCAAAUUUUUUUAAGGAAGUCAAUGAUUUAGAAUGCAAAUAUCAUCGCAUGUAUGUUCCGUUUUAUGAAAAAAGAAACACCAUUGUAAAUGGAGAUUAUGAACCUACCGAAGAAGAAUCUCAGUGGUCUUCAGAAGAUGAAGAGGACCUUCCCAGUGCUGUUAAGGAGAAAGUGAAAAUUACCGAAGGAGAAAAAAAUAAUAAGGAAGCAACCAAUGACAAAGGCAUUCCUGAAUUUUGGUUAACUAUUUUCAAAAACUGCAAUUUACUCUCUGAAAUGGUCCACCCCCAUGACGUGCCAAUCAUGAAGCAUUUAACUGAUAUAAAAACAAUAUGUCGAGAGGAUCCCAUGAGUUUCACCUUAGAAUUUCACUUCUCUCCAAAUGAAUAUUUUACUGACAAAAUCUUAACAAAGGAGUAUUUAAUGAAAUGUUCACCAGAUGAAGAUGACCCAUUUAGCUUUGAAGGUCCAGAAAUCUAUAAAUGCAUUGGUUGCACCAUUAACUGGAACAAAGGCAAAAAUGUCACCAUAAAAACUGUCAAAAAGAAGCAAAAACAUAAGAGCCGGGGUGAUGUUCGAGUAGUCACAAAAACUGAACCUAACGAUUCGUUUUUCAAUUUCUUUUCGCCUCCAUCUAUCCCAGAUGAUGUGAGACAAGAUGAUGUGGAUGAGGAAUUGAAAAAUCUACUUACAAGCGAUUUUGAAAUUGGUCACUAUAUAAGGGAAAGAGUUGUUCCAAGGGCUGUGCUGUUUUUCACUGGUGAAGGUAUUGAAGAUGAGGAAGACUUUGAAGAGGAAGAGGAGGAUGAAGAUGAUGAGGAGGAGGAGGUAGACUCUGAUCAUAAACAAGCUUCUGAGAAUUGUAAACAGCAGUAAACUAUUUUUUUUGCAAUCUUUAUUUUUGGAGUAUAUUAUUAAUUAUUAAACUGAGCAAAAAAAUAAAAUUUGUAAAAUAUCAAAAUUUCCUCCUUUUUUUAUUCAUUUGUCGCUUUUAGUGUUGUAUUGUUUAUAUCUAUUAUUUUUUGGAAAUAGUUAAUACUGGAAAAUUGGUUUUAAAAAAUUCUAAGUUAAUUGUAAGACGAAAUAAAAACGAGUUUUUUAAAAACGGUAUU